AUGAUUGUGUGUGAGAGAACGUUUCACCGAUGUUUACUAGAGAUUCCAGCAGACUUCAUCAAAAUUGUGCGGAAAUUCGGCUUGCCCAGCGAGCAUAUCGAUUUUUUCUACGAGCACCGCGACAAAUUCGUAUGGGAAAUAAAAGAGAAUAAAAAGAUCUUCUGUACAGCGCAGGGAUGCGAUUUCUCCGCUCCUUCAUUGCCCAACGCUUUGACCGAACACAUGAAAGAGUGCCAUGAUUACGGCGAGUACCCUUGCGACGAGGCUGAUUGCAAGUUCGUUGCUUACGCUCAAGUUUGCUUGAGGAAACACAAGACGCAAUUCCAUGGAACCGGGAGACGAAGACGCCUUACCCACGAGGAUUUUUCUUGUCAACUUUGCGGUUUCACCACCAUCCGACGUUUACUCCUUGACAUUCACAUGCGAAUACACGAAAAUCGUCAAACCAAAUGCGAAUUCUGCAGCUACACAGCCGUCACCGUUAAGCAAAUCCACGAUCAUAUUCUCUAUCAUUUUCGUAUUAAAAACUUUGCUUGUCAUCUCUGUCCUGCUUCUUUUCAUAUAAAUGGCAUUCUUACGCAGCAUUUGCGGAUGCAUACGAAAGAUUACGCCUGUGUUCACUGUAUGGAAACCUUCGCAACAAAAAAUCAGUUUGACAGACACGUCCGUGCUUGCGAGGUUCGCCUCAGUAGAUUCCAGUGA